AUGCCUCCGCCAUCGCAGCCACCCAACGAUGGCGAGAAGCAAGCCGCGGCUCAGCAGGCCGUCGACAUUCUGCACGAGAUAUCUACCAUCCUCAACUGUCAUCUCGACCGGCGGACGCUGUCCAUCUGCAUCUCCAUGAUUGAGAAUGGUGUGAACCCGGAGGCAUUGGCAGCUGUGAUCCAAUUUUUGCGGAAAGAGGCUCAGAAGGACAAGUUCAGGGCUCAGGAUCGAGGUCAGGAAGCUUGA